CUGCGCAGCGAAGCAGUUGGUGUUUUGUUGACAUGUCUGCCGCUGGUCUUUAAUGAUUGCUCCUGCGGGUUCUGCUGUCAGAGAGCGUACUCCUUUCACGACCCCACCUGAUGGAAAACCCCAGAGACCUGGUGGAGCGUCAGUCCCGGAAGCGGCGGGACUCGUUCGGAAUGCUGGACGGUCUGGAUGAGGACCGGAGCAGCUGCAGCACCGAGUCCAGCGGGGGGAGCGGCGCCUCUAGUCCCGAGGACAGCGAGGACGAAGAGUUAGGAGGAGGGGUCACUCAGCUAAACCCCUCCUCUUCACUGACGCUCAUCAAGACCAACGGUCAGGUGUACACGUACCCCGACGGGAAGGCCGGCAUGGCGACCUGUGAGAUGUGCGGCAUGGUCGGCGUCAGAGACGCCUUCUACAGCAAAACCAAACGUUUCUGCAGCGUCUCGUGCUCCAGGAGCUACUCAUCCAACUCCAAGAAGGCCAGCAUCCUCGCCAGGCUGCAGGGAAAGCCUCCUACCAAGAAAGCCAAGGUUCUGCAGAAGCAGCCUCUGAUGACCAAACUCGCCGCCUACGCUCAGCAGCAGGCCAACCAGCAGGGCGGGGUCAAGAAGAGCGUGUCCAUGGAGUUGUUCGACUGGGGUCGUUACCUUGGAGACGGAGAUGUAAUGGGAGCGCCGGUUAGCUGUUUCCAACAUGUCCCGAUGGGAAAUUCGUGGGGAGGCAUCAGCGAAGGCAUCCGGGUCGAGGUGCCGAACACUGACAGCGGGCUGCCCAUGAAGGUUUACUGGAUCGCUGGCAUCAUCAAACUGGCUGGUUUUAAGGCUUUGCUGAGAUACGAGGGCUUCGACUGCGACUCUACACGAGACUUCUGGUUGAAUCUGUGCGUGCCAGACAUCCACCCGGUGGGCUGGUGUGCUGCUGGAGGGAAACCUCUGGUCCCCCCUCAGUCCAUCCUGCACCGCUUCUCCAACUGGAAAACGUUCCUGAUCAAGAGACUCACGGGCUCCAAAACUCUGCCGCCAGACUUCGCGUCCAAGGUGCAGGAGAGCAUGCAGUUCCCCUUCAAGAAACAGAUGAGGGUGGAGGUUGUGGAUAAGACUCACCUGUGCCGGACUCGAGUGGCUCUGGUGGAACAGGUGAUCGGCGGUCGUCUCCGGCUCGUGUACGAGGAGUGCGACGAUGGGACCGACGACUUCUGGUGUCACAUGUACAGCCCUCUGAUCCACAGCAUCGGAUGGUCGCGAUCCAUUGGACACCGCUUCAAACGAUCCGAUGUGUCGAAGAAAUUGGACGGUCAGAUGGACGCACCUGGACAGCUGUUUGCCAAAGUGAAGGAAGUGGAUCAGAGCGGCCGCUGGUUCGAAGAUGGGAUGAAGCUGGAGGCCAUUGACCCUCUGAAUCUGUCUGCAAUCUGCGUGGCCACAGUGAGGAAGGUCCUGGCAGACGGGUACCUGAUGAUCGGCAUAGACGGCUCGGAGGCGGCCGAUGGCUCGGACUGGUUCUGCUAUCACUCCACGUCUCCCUCCAUCUUCCCCGCUGGCUUCUGUGAGAUUAACAACAUCGAGCUGACGCCGCCCAGAGGUUACUCCAGUCUGCCCUUCAGAUGGUUUGAAUAUCUGAAGGAGAGCAAGUCUGUGGCUGCACCGGUGAACCUGUUCAACAGGGACAUCCCCAACCACGGGUUCCGCCCCGGUAUGAAGCUGGAGGCUGUCGACCUCAUGGAGCCGCGGCUCGUCUGCGUCGCCACCGUCACGCGCAUCGUCCACCGGUUGCUACGGAUACUUGACGGCUGGGAGGACGAGUACGACCAGUGGGUGGACUGCGAGUCGCCCGACCUGUACCCGGUGGGCUGGUGUCAGCUGACCGGCUACCAGCUGCAGCCUCCGGCUGUUAACGCAGGCUCCAGAGACCUGCAGUCAGCAGCAUCCAGACAGAGGAAGAAGUCUCAGCAGUACAAAGGACAAAAGAAAAAGAGGAAGCUGCCCAUCGCUAAGCGACCCGUCAGCCUCUCCGGCACCAUGGUAACAGGUGUCCCCAGGAGCCUAUCGGGAGACGAGAACGAGACUCCGCCUGAUUACCCGUCACCCCCUCCUCCGGCUCCGCGGCCCAGCCGCCCUCUGCCAACCUGGAGAGCAGCCCCCGCACUGAGGGGGGGGCAGGAGUCAGAGAGGAGAAUGCCAGAGCGCCCGAGUUAUCUUCUCACAGGACUGAAGCAGAAACACACAGAUCCUCCGCAGACUUCCUCAGCAGCCGGGACCAGCAGUAGGCCUCCUCCAUCCUGCUUCCCCUCCCACAAAUAUGUGAAAUCGUCUACUGGUGACCUCCAACAUUGGACCACUCCUCCUAACCUUUCAUUUAAAGAACUCUGUGUUCUUUAGCUGUGUUUGGUGUACUGCCAUCUGAAAAUUGAACCCUGCUAGAGAAGAAGACGCCGCAGGACAGUUAAAACAACAAACAGCUUUUAUAUGACAAUUUUUCCAACGCCCAGAUCUCCACUGUUUGUAGUUGUUCGUGUUCUAACGUUAAAACUGCUGAUGUAGUCAUAAAAACACUGUUUCAGUGUGAGCGGCUGGAGUAACGAGGAUGCCAAGGAAGAAAGAUCACUUCUUGAAGCUCCGCCCACAGGUUUGCAGCAUUUAUUUUUACGGUAAAACAGAGCAUCGGUCACGAUAGACGCUGAAGCAGACAAUCCACCGAGCUGCUGGAAGGAUCAGCCAAACGUGACGUUUUCUCAAAGCUUUCUUUGUUUUGAUGAUUUUAAAAUGUGUUUGAGUUUCAUCGAGACGGCUAAACGUCCAAUCACAGCCACAGCUUCACAGGAUCGUUGGGUUUAUUUCAGCCUGUGCUGAAUCCACACGGCCCAGGUAAAGACUGCAGAGUUAGCACAAGCCAGCGUGGCGUUAAUGGAAGAUGUAGCGGUCUGCAGUAACGCUCGGUCCUGGAUUCAUUACUGCUCUGUUUAUUUCCAUCACCAUGUUUUUAUGGUGUUACAUUAGCUUUGCAUGAUUCAGAGUUCAUAAUAACUCUUCUUUAUCUUAUGCACCAUCUCAGUUCCUCCUCUCUCUGAUACAAGCUGUUUUAGCCCCACCCCCUUUUGACACGACGUUCUUUGAUUGGCUGCCCCUCUCUGUGACAUCACACAGAUCCAAACGUAGAAAAAAUGAGUUUACAGCCUUGGCCAAAGGCACUGUUGACCACACUGAUGUCUUCAUCAGAAGUACUUCAGCAGCUAAAAACCUACAAAAGUACGUCGUCGUUACGCAGUAUGGAUACCUCAGAAAAGUAUAAACAAAAUUAAGAUUUUUGGGUUAAAAAAAUAUAUUUAAAUUGUAAAAUGAGUAUAUUUGAUUUAUUUUAAAAUCUAUAUGUAAUAGAAGACGAUCAUGGUACUUGAAUUGAUCAAAUCGAGCGUGGAGGGACGCUCUGAGUGAGGGGGACGGCCUGAAGUAGCUUUUAAGCUAACAGAUGUCUAAAAAUGUCCAAAUGUUCCUUUAUCUGUGUUUUUUACUCUGCAGGCAGUGAAGUGUACGUUGACAAGGAUAUAAGUUCCAAAAUAAGCUGAAAGCAUAUUUGUGGAGCUGCACAAACACACAGAUGUUAAAGAGCUGAAGCUACAAACGUAACAUCUGCUCAAACACAACAACUUUACGUAUUUUCUAAACUUUGGAAACAAUAAUGGGAAAAACUCAUAUUAAUGUAAUCCUGACUUGUAUGCGAGUAUGCUACAUUACUAGUUACUUUAUUUUACCUUUCAGUGUUAAACUUUUGCUCUUUAAUGUUACACUCUUAUGAUUUCCCACAGAAAGUUUUUUAUGUUUUUAUAUUUUUUAAUUUAUUUUUUUUAAUGCGUCACAAAUUUGCCGUCUCAUAGUUUUGACUUUAUCUGUCGACGUGUUCGAUUUCUCUGUUCCUGCUUUUGUCUGUUUUAACCCUGAUCACACAAACUUGAUUCUCGUCAGUUUUAAUUUCUCUUGUAAGUAAAUUGAGCUUCAGUACCAGCGAAGAACCGACUGAUGAUCUUUAAUCAGCUUCUUUAAGAGAGGCAUGAAUGUUUUUGCAUUUUGAAGUUUCUCACUUUCAAAGAUUUUGAUUUAAAAAUAAUUUGUAAAAUAUUUUCUUAGUUUAGUUUUUUGUCAUGACAUGCUUCAGCUCCUCAGUGUAUUGGAUUUCAUAAUAUUAUGAUAUAUUAAAAGUGUAACUCUCCCAGCGUUACCCCAGUAAGACAAAACCAGUUACUCAUUAUUAGCUCAUAACAUAAACUCAGACUUUAGUUUCUUAAUUUUGCCUUAAUAUGUAAUAAUUUCACGUCAUAGACACAGUUUUAACGUACUGCAUUUAAAAAACUAAAAAUGAAACCGUUUACUUUGAUACAUUUUUUUAAAAAGUGUCUACAUUUAUAUUUGUGUUGUUUUGUGUGAGCUGUUUGAUGUGUUGCAGUCGUCUCACAGAUCCGUCGUUGAGACUCGAGUCUUACGCUGAGCUGUGAGCGUCUGCGCACUGAACCUGUUUCUAAACUCGCACUGCUGUCCGUGUGCUCGUGUUCGUUUAUAUGUGUGAAUCUAGUAUCGCAGUUCUACGUGUAUGAUGGUGCUGUCUGUAGGUGACGCCUUUGAUAAUGUUUUUAUGGAUUGAUUUUGACAAACUGAGUCUGGUGAACAAGUUGUGUUUGUACUAGGUUUUGUAUUCAGAGGUGAAAGUGAAGUGGGUCGCCGGUCUUCCACGCCAGUUUGUGAUAUUGUCAUGUGUGAUUAUCCCAGUGGGAGGAGAAGUUGUGGUUUAUUAUUGUGGAAACUGUGGGAUUUGAAGCCGUUUCUUAGACUGAGAAUUGGGACCUAAAGAUGAUUUGAGCGUUUGGAGGCUGAUGCUGACAGUGGUUGCUUUUUAAAGAUGUUUGUUAUCUCAGGAAGAUCAGCUGGAAUCUGAACUGGGUGUGUGGCUAUUAUAGG